CAAGGUUAGGCAGGCAGGCGGAUUUCUGGGGUUCUGAUUUGGAGGAUCCGCGGGAGGGAGCUCCGGCGUGGGUUAAGGCUUGCUGUGCCGCGCCUUUCUACGCCCGGGCCACGUGGGCCGACAGGGCACUCUCUGAUCAUCACAAACCUGGGGUCCAUUGAAUGCAUUUGAGAGCUUUGAAACCAUGAUCUCAUGUGGUAUGUUGUGAACCCCCAUUGUGAAAGGGGAAGAAACCGAGGCCCAGAGAAGUGAAGUAACUUACACAAGGAGCUACAGCUAGUGACUGGCCCCCAAGUCCAAAGCAUCUGUCGCUGCCCUACUCAGGGUGUAGAACGGUGCACCUAAUAAAAACCUUGUGCUGUGGGUUGGCGCCUCCCAUCCCCGCCUGCUUUGGUCUUCCCCCUCCCCCAAACAGGGCUAAGAAAUCAGCGGUUCCCUUCAGCACCGAAGAUGGUGCUUUAACCUGACAGAAUGGGGAAGUUAUUAUGGUAAGUAUCGCAGAGAUUUGUUACCCAUUUGGACAUUUGUUGUUUGGCUUCCUGCUGGGGAAAACGUUCAUAUAGCCUUACGUCUUCAGUGCCCAGCCCAGAGUUGGUCGUCCCUAGAUACGUGUUGAAUGAAUGAAGGCUGUGUCGCCUUUCUUGUACCUCUUUGAACUCCCUGAAGGAUAUAGGACCAGUUUGGGGGUCAGACUCUGCCACACUCACUGGGUGUGUGUCUUUGGGUAUGUUUCUAGCCUUCUCUGGGUUUAGUUUUCUCCGUGGUAAAGUACAGUUGACCCUUGAACAAUGCGGGUUUGAACUGUGUGGGCCCACUUCUUCGCAGAUUUAAAAAAAUACAUAUGUUGUGAAGUUUUUUUUGGAGAUUUGCUCCAAUUUGAGAAAACCAGCAGAUGAACUGCAUAGCCUAGGAAUACUGGGAAAAAAAAAAGAUGUAUCAUGAAUGCAUAAAAUAUAUGUAGAUGCUAGUUUAUCAUUUACUUCCAUGAAGUAUACACAAGUUUGUUACAAAAAGGUUUAUCAAAAUGUACAGACUGUACAUGGCAUCAUUCAUAGUUGAGAGAAAUGGAAACAAAGAUGCAGUGUUAAAUAACUGCAUAAAAUUAACUGCAGUACAUACUCUACGACUGUAAGAAUAUCACAGCCACCUCCUCUUGCUGUGGUGAUCUCAAGUGUUGUGAUUUCCAAGCUUAAAACCGUGUGUUGCUAAUCCUCUCCGCGAGAUCAGUUCGUCACUCGUAAAUUUCAAAUGGCUGUAAAAAGUGAUCCCGUGGUUCUUGCAUAUUUUUCAUCAUGUUUAGCGCAAUACUGUAAACCUUGAAUAACACCAUGGGACCCAUACGAAACGCCACUGGUGAUUCUGGAAGCGCUCCCAAGAGGCAGAGAAAGGUCAUGACAUUACAAGAAAAAGUCGAAUUGCUUGACAUGUACCGUAGAUUAAGGUCUGCGGCUGCAGUGGCCCGUCAUUUCAAGAUGAAUGAAUCCAGCGUAAGGACCAUUGUAAAAAAGGAAAAGGAAAUCCGUGAGGCUGUGGCGGCAGCUACGCCAGCAGGCGCGAGAACGUUGCACUUUCUGCGAGACAGCUUUUUAUCUCGUAUUGAAAAUGCAGCUUUUACGUGGGUGCAGGAUUGCUAUAAGAAAGGCAUACCUAUAGACUCGAACACGAUUCGAGAAAAAGCAAAGUCAUUGUAUGACCACUUACAGCAAAAGGAAGGUGAAGGAUCCAAGGCUGGAGAAUUUAGUGCCAGCAAAGGAUGGUUUGAUAAUUUCAGAAAGCGGUUUGGCUUAAAAAAUGUCAAGAUAGCAGGGGAAGCAGCUUCCCCCGCCCAAGAGGCAGUAGAUGAGUUGCCACCUCAGGCGCCCAGAGUCACCACACCAGAGGAGUUAACAGAGGGUGAGUCGGCGGAGGCGAGAGCUUCCGGACCGGUGCCGGAUGAAGAUGCGCGAGAAGCGGCGCCAGAAAACAAGUUGACGUUAGACAACCUGGCAGAAGGGUUUCGAUUAUUCAAGACGGCUUUUGACUUCUUUCACAACAUGGACCCUUCUGUGAUACGGGCACUGAGACUAAAGCAAGUGGUGGAAGAAGGGCUGGUACCUUAUAGAAACAUUUUUAGAGAGAUGAAAAGGCAGAGAAGUCAAACGGAAAUUACAAGGUGUGUCCGUGAAGUUACACCGGGUGUGCCUGCCCCUCUUGCCUCCUCUUCUACCUCCUCUAGCUCUGCCUCCGCCUCCCCCGAGACGGCCAGACCAGCCUGUCCUCUGCCUCGCCCGCAGCCUGCUCAGCGUAAAGAUGACGAGGACGAAGACCCCUUCCACGUAAUAAAUACUAAGUAGUCGUCAUGCCGUACGGUUAAACUGACCUGUUGUGUGUGUGUGCGCGCGAGUGUCUCCGUGUGAAAAUCUGGUAACUGUACGGCAGGAACUGUGUAGGACUGCAUCAUCGCCUGGGUAUUCAUUGGGCAGGACGUCAUAUGCAAGAUUCGCCCGCAAGUGGAUGGCCUGUCCUUAGAGGCAUAAGGUGGGUGAUAAUUCAAUAUAAAAUUAAUGAUGUGUCUUAUUGUUUUGUCACGUUGCUCUCAAAGAGUUACGUUGGGGUCCAGUAUGCCCCCCUCUCCUAACUGGAGAGACGGCAUAUCAGCCUAUCGUCAGAGCUAAGUGGUUUUUUAAAAAACAGUGUUUCCGGUAGUGUGUAUUGUGAAUCCAACUGGAACACGGUAGGCCACGAAAACUUUGUAACCAUUCAUUCCUUAGUGUAUAGGCGAGGCCCCUGUGAAACAGCCGUGUGGUCACACAGGGUUACACUAGGCUACCAUCAAAGGAUCCUACUAGUGCGUCUUUGUUAUCAAUCCUUGAAUCAUCCUACUUAUAAAUAAAUAGGCAUCCCCCUUAUUAUCUUUCUAUUUCUGUGUCUAGUGUUGGCAGGUAACAAAACACCUGUUGAUGUUUCGUAUCGUAAGGCAGUAUCGAUUUAUGUACUGACAGACGAUUCAUCUUGUGAACAACGUAAACUGAAUGGUCCGGAUGAUACAGUACAGCUCCGUAAAUGUGUUUUCUCUUACGGUUUUCGUAAUCUCGUUCUUUUUUCUAGCUGACUUUGCUGUAAGGAUACGGUGUAUGAUAAUAUGUAAUACACAAAAUAUGUGAUAAUCGACUUAUCGGUUUAGGUCCUGGUCAGCCGUAGGCUAUUAGUAGUUAGGUUUUUGAGGAGUCAAAAGCUACAUGUGGAUUUUUGACUGCAUGGGGGUGGCCGUCCCUCACGCCUCCGUUGUUCAAGGGUCAACCGCAGGGGGCGCCUGUCUUGCACCGCUUGUAUGAAGAUCACGUGAGUUAAAGCAUCUGGCUUUCUCUGUCCCUCCGUCUCUGGCAGUAACGGCAGCCUCGCAGGGUUGGCGGGAGCUUGUGGGUGAGAUGCUCCGCAAACGUUCGUCGCGUGAUCAGCAUGGCUGAGUUCCCUGAGAGCAGUGGUCUCCUUUCUCCCUUCCAGGCUGCCCUCCUCCGCGCUGUGCUUCGGCGGCCCGGCCCGGCCCCGUGGAGAAGGCCUGUCUGCGGGCCGUGGUGCCGCACAGCCACCGGCCGGGAUCCGGGGAGGUGGGUGGGGAGCGGGUGCCCCGCCCCGAAGGAGAAAGCGGCAGGUGCGGAGACAGAGAACUUCCAGAUGGUCUACCGGUUUGACGCCAUCAGAGCCUUCGGGUACUUGUCUCGGCUGAAGGUGGCACAGACGGCCCUCACGGUGCUGGCCCUCCCGCCUGGCUGCUACUGGUACUCGCAGGGCUUCGUGACGCUCGGCUCCCUGUGUGUCGCGGGCGGGGUGGCUGGCUUUGCCCUGGCCAUGCUCUGCUGGAUGAGCUAUUUCUUCCGGAGGCUGGUGGGCAUCCUGUAUGUGAACGAGGCGGGCACUGUGCUGCGGGUGGCGCACCUGACCUUCUGGGGCCGGCGGCAGGACACGGACUGCCCCGUGGCCGACGUGAUCCCCAUGACGGAAACCAAGGACCGGGCCCAGGAGCUGUUUGUGCGUAUCCAGCAGUACAGUGGGAGGGAGACCUUCUACCUCACCCUUCGCUACGGACGCAUCGUGGACAGAGAGCGUUUCGCGCAGGUGUUUGGGACGCUGGACUCCCUCAAGUGAAUUGGGAGCUGGGUCUCCAGCAGGAAGGCCGAGGAUGAAACAGGGGAUCGGGCACCUGAAGACUUCGGCAGGGCCUCUGGGCACCCGUCUUUUGGGAUGCACAGAGUCCUAAGACAGAAGCUAGUGAUCGCGUUUCGGAAAGAGGCCCUUAGUACCAAUUCAUACUGCAUUUGUGUGACAUUUAGUCAGAUAACGGCCAGAAGUUCACAGCUGGUUCUCGGAGGAAACUGUGUCCGGUUCACUCAGGCAGGGCAGUGCUGCGAAAUCGGAAGUCAGGGAGGUGAGGCAGAGCAAGCUCAGGACGAGGCUUGAGCAGACACGGGUGCUGUCAGUUCUCGACUGCCUGUCCUGGAGUCACCGUGUCUCUCAACCCUGGUUUCCCCAUCUGAGAAAGGGAAAAAUCCUGUCUCCUGGCAUGGGUGUGAAAAUAAACAGUAAAUGUCAAGGUCAGUACAAAGGUGAUAGUGUGCUGAAAAGCUUCCAGGCAGUCAGUAGGGCUUACCCGAGGCCUGUGCUGCCCCCGUCGGGGCCUCAACAGCAGGAAAGGACGGGAAGAAGCCCAGGUAGAGUUGGGUUGCGUGACCGCGGCGGAGGGUGCUGGCCAGGCGAGCGCAGCAUCCCCUUUGCCAAGGUUGUGGCCUGGGGCCCUCCUGUCUGAAGGCUCUGGUGGAUAAAACCAGGCGAGCUGUGUUCUGGUGCGUUCUUUUAUAAGCUAAAGCUAGUUGUGUGCACGAUUAGUGGUUAGUAAAAGAUGUUUGUUUCACAGUCUGUAGCAAAAUAAAGAGGAAGGAAGAGGUGAUCGUCAACAGUUCCACCACUCAGAAGUCAGUGACUAGAUGCUUUAUUGUGGGGACUUCCAGUCUUUUAUUGUGUUAAAACACACAUCGUGUAAAUGUAUUCCUUCAGCCAUUUUUGAAUGUACACUUCAGUGGUAUUAAGGACGCCUACGGCGUUGUGCAGCCAUCACAUCUGCUCGUUUCCAGAACGUUUUCAUCAUCCCAAGGAGAAACUCUGUACCCAUUAAACGGUCACUCCCCAUCUCCCCCUCCCUCCAGCCUCGUAACCAGUCAUCUGCUUUCUGUUUCCGUGGAUUUGCUUUUUCUGGACAUUCCACGUAAACGGAAUCGCCCACUGUGGUUUUGUGUCUGGCUUCUUUCACCUGGCGUGAUGGUUCCAACGUGCAUCCAUGCUGUAGCCUGUGUGAGAGCCUCAUUGCUUUUCGUGGCUGGA